ACGUCACAGCGCCCAAUUUGCUGUCAGCGGCUGGUGCGGUCCCGCGGCACGGGUCGGGGGUGCGCUCCGCUCCGCUGCGCUUUUGGGGGCGUCCGGGGGUUCGCUGAGUACCCGGCCGUAGGGGAGGGAGCCGCAGCAGCCCUCGGGAAGGAAGGUGACAGCCCGGCAGCAUGAAGUUCCAGUACAAGGAAGACCACCCGUUCGAGUACAGGAAAAAAGAAGGGGAGAAGAUCAGGAAGAAAUACCCCGACAGGGUCCCUGUAAUUGUGGAAAAAGCACCAAAAGCCAGAGUACCCGACCUAGACAAAAGGAAGUAUCUUGUGCCUUCUGACCUCACAGUUGGCCAAUUCUACUUCUUAAUCCGAAAGCGGAUCCACCUGAGGCCAGAAGAUGCCCUGUUCUUCUUUGUCAAUAAUACCAUCCCUCCCACCAGUGCUACCAUGGGCCAGCUGUAUGAGGAUAACCACGAGGAGGACUAUUUUCUCUAUGUGGCCUACAGCGAUGAGAGCGUCUAUGGCAAGUGAGCACCAGCCCCCCAGGCAUGCAGGCGAGAUGGACUGAUGGAAUGGACUGGGGGGGAUGUUGGAGAGGAGGAAGGAGAAUGCCUGAGAAGCAGGGAAGAGAAUUGGAAGUGAACCACAUGCACAAUGCCAUCACGUUCCAUGCAUUAAUUAUAACCAUUAUUUUUUAAAUAGAGGGGAGGGAGGGUAUGGGGACAGUGUAUGAAAGGGUGAACUGAAAGGCGAAUGAGGGGUUCUGCACUAAAAGAUGGGGACACUCCACUGUUUGUAGUUUUUCUCUUGCCACAGCUGGAAGUAGUUAGCCAGUACUGGAGGCUGCUAGACAAGCCAGUGUGGUGGAGCUCUGGGAGAGCGACUGGGUACAAUGGCCAUUUUUGUGUAACCCUUUCAUUGGAUGAAGAAGGCAUGCUGUGUUUUUAUUGUACACUGACCUUGUCACGCCUGACCAAUGGCAUGGGCUGCACUCCUGUAAGCAUUCAGUGAGCUGUGAAAUACUUCACUCUGCCCACACAAGGCUGUCCUGUGCUUACAGUCCUCACUCCAGCUGCUACCUGUGAAGCGUUUCAAGAGUAUUGUGUUUCCCAUCACUUCCAUCAGUAUUAGAAGGGCUAACUCUGAGAGCUGGGAACUCCUCAGCUGUGAGUCGUGAAGGUUGGGGAAAAGAAGGAAGGAUUUUAUUUUUUUCCUUUGUUGCUUUAAUUGCAAGUGCUGGACAGAAAAAAAUGAGACGACCCUUUUGUUCUUUUCAGUGGAGCCAACUGGUAAAGCAUAGGGCUAGAAAGGACCUCAAGACAAUGACUAGCCCACUCCAGCUCUGAGACAGGACUGAGUAUACCAAACAUGUCCACCAUGGCUGCUCAUCUAACUUGUUCAUAGUGAACUUCACUGAGGCAGAUCCUGGAGGCUGCUGAGAUUGUCCAGUUCCUAGCUAGCCUACAAGUGAGAGAGCUUUUCUUGGUACCUAACUUUAGUCUCCCUAGCUGUGCAUUAAGACAACUGACUACUAAUGCUCUUGUUAUUGGUGAAUGCAGAAAAUUAUCUGAGUGUUGUCCUUGUACCAAUCUUCUGCAGAAUUUAAGGUGGCAGAACUCCCAUGGGUUUAGCCUUCCCUUCCACGUCUCAUUCCUGUACAGCUCUUGCACCACAUGCACAAACGGAAUAAUUUAGUCACUCCCACAUGUGUUUUGCUGGCUUUUUGUGAUUGGAAAACAGUGCCACGCUUUGCCACAAGAGUGGCACUGUUUGCUUUUAGACUCAAAGGGGAAGGGGUAUAUACUCUUUGUAGAUUUUUUUUUUUUAAUUAUUUUAUUUUAAGCCAGUGUUGUUCUUAGAAAGGUGCCAGAUAGAUGCUGUCCUGUGCAAGCCUUACACUGUCAUGCCAAAGCAGUUUCUUCCCAGUGGCACAAACAGCAGAUUUUCCCAUAACUGCCCUAACUCUGAUGAAGCGAUGGGGUUUGGGGAGUGAGCUUUCAGGAAAAUUCUGGGUGUUAUCUAAAAAUCAGAGAACUGGACCUGAAUUACUGUAAACAUUCCUACACUUAAGGGAGGGACCAAAGGAGAGAGGAGAAGACAAGAAGGAUGAAGACGACAGGCAGAUUCCAAAAUAAGUUGAGGGUGUUUGCUCUAUUUACAUGAAGUUAGAUCCCAGUUCUCUGCAUUCCUCAGGAAUAAAGAUAAGUGCUCCUGUGAUUGUGGGAGACAGGAAACCAAGUUUCAGCCUUCUCUGAUGUUGUUCCACAGAGAUAUACAAGGCUGAAGAGCAGGCUGGGAGUGUAAAGUGGGACUCACUGGCAGAACUGUGUGAAGGUCAGGGAAGGCAGUGUAGUGGUGUUAUCCCAAAAGCGGGAUUGUUCACCUGGUGUGCAAUAUGCCAAGAUACACACAGAGUGGAGGUAUUUUAUUCGUUUCAUAUUUGCAAAAAGGUGGGCGCUAGGUGGUAACUCCACAAAGCUUGCACACAGCACAAAGAAACUACAACAUAUUUAUCUUGUUACAUGAUUAGUAAAAACCUGCCUAAAUUCAUAUUUGUUGGUAAUUAUCAUCUCAUCUGCUAUUGGUUAGCCAUAUUUUAAUUAGCCUCACUAGCUAUGUAAAGUAGCAUGCAUGUUCCUUACAGGACUGGGGGAACAAGUCUUCUCAGUCCUGAAUUUAGUCGGUGGUAGUAAUCUCCCCCUGCCACAUUUACCUUUCUCUCAGUUACUGCAGUAUCAGUCUUUCAGUUCUUCUUCAAGGAUAUAGUUGUAAAACAAAUACUUCCCUAUCUCUCAGCUCUCUCCUCUAACUGCCAGAUUCUGUUGGUUCAUUGUUCCUACUUAGUGGAAAAUUCCAUUUUCUGUGCUGUGUCAGCGGGGCAGAAGGGUCACUGCCUGUGUGGUAUGGGAAGUAGCAGAGGAAUGGGAGAGAAAAGAGGGAGCACAAAGGGUGUAGAGAGAGGAAUCAUAACAGGCAGACAGAAAAUGGUGGAAGAAAGAGUUAAAUGAGUCAGUUAGUAUUCCCCAGUUUUUUAUCCUGAACUUCAGGUUUGCUGUUCCAUCAUGUGUUCAUCUGGAAUAAAUGCGUUUGGAUGAGUUGUACCUACUGCCAAGUUAGAUAACUUCAGCUUCUGCCUGCAGUGCUCAGUCCUCUCUUUUUGGCCCACUCUCCUGCAAUUAUCAGGCUCUUUUCACAUCCUUUGGGUGCAAAUCUGCAUCAGCCUCUUGUUUUAGAAAGCUCUGACUGUUCUGAAGCAGAGAACAGACCCAGGAGGCUUUCUAGGGUAAAAGACAAGAUGCAGGCAGAUGGUGUGCAUCUCUCUACCACUGUCCCACUUGAUCAUGCACAUGCUGCCAAGCACAUGGUUGUGUGUUGUCUCAAAUGAGCCCGUGCUUAGCCACACUCAGGGGAGAAAGAGUUGGCGUCUAGGGUGCUUGGUUUUCUGUUCAGACCUCCCCUCCCCUUCCACUGCUGGGUUUAUAAGCGACAUGUGUGGGACUACUUUCAGCUGUUUGUUACAUGUAGAGUUUACAGUUUAAUUUAGUUAUUUUAUGGUUCUUUUAACUGGAUUGUGGCAUUUACUUGUUUUUGCGCUAGUCCGGUAGUGUACGAGGUAAUGAUGGUAAUUCUUUUUUGUGUUGGUUAGCUGCAGGUUCUUGUAAAAUAAAGUUCAUACUACUUGAGCUAAAUCAACCGAUCAAUAAAGACGCAUUUGAAAAUCA